GUGCUGCCGGCUGGGAAUGGUACAGUCCCUCCCUCCGUGGAUGUUGCUAGAAGGGGAAGGCAUCAGCGCAGGCUGCGGAGGCUGCGGCGGCUGCAGCAGCCCCGAGACAUCCCCGGAGAGGGGUGGAAGGGACCCGACGAGGAGGCUCCAGCUCAGCCCCGGCCCUUUUGCUGCUCCCGCAGCAUCACCAAGUGAGGAGCCAUGACCCAGGGGAAGCUCUCAGUGAAUAACAAACCCCCCAGCUCCGAGGGGCAGGGGGAGAAGAAGGAAAAUGCCUCGGCUCCACCAGCACCUCCGAGCUAUGAAGAGGCGACAGCGGGAGAAGGGAUGAAGGCGGGUGCUUACCCUCCUCCUCCCUCAGUCCCGUUGCACCCCAGCUGGGCUUACGUGGACCCCAGCACGAGCCCCAGCUAUGGCAGCGGUGGGUACCCAGGGGACACGGAGAUGCUCACCACCUUCAGCUGGGAUGACAGGAGCGUGCGCAGGGUCUUCAUCCGGAAGGUCUACGCCAUCCUGAUGGUCCAGCUCUUGGUCACUGUGGUUAUCGUGGCUUUCUUCACCUUCUGCGAGCCCGUCAAGGGGUACAUCCAGACCCACUCUGCCUGGUACUGGGCUUCCUACGCUGUUUUCUUUGUGACCUACUUGAUCCUCGCUUGCUGCUCCGGGCCCAGGAGGUACUUCCCAUGGAAUCUCAUCCUCUUGAGCAUCUUUACCCUCUCCAUGGCCUAUCUCACUGGGAUGCUCUCCAGUUACUACAACACCAAGUCCGUCCUCCUGUGCCUGGGGAUCACAGCCCUGGUGUGUCUGUCCGUUGUGGUCUUCAGCUUCCAGACCAAGUUUGACUUCACCUCCUACCAGGGGGUGCUCUUCGUGAUGCUCAUGGUCCUCUUCUUCGGUGGCAUUAUCCUGGCCGUGAUACUGCCCUACCAAUAUGUCCCUUGGCUCCAUGCGAUCUACGCUCUGCUCGGUGCCAUUAUCUUCACUAUGUUCCUGGCAUUCGAUACCCAGAUGCUGAUGGGGAACCGCCGGUACUCGCUCAGCCCCGAGGAAUACAUCUUCGGAGCCCUCAACAUCUACCUGGACAUCAUCUACAUCUUCUCCUUCUUCCUCCAGUUCUUUGGCUCCAGCCAGGAGUGAGCGCAGCCAAGCAGCGCCUCGGCUGCCAAGAUGCGAGC